AUGGCUCAGCCUCAAUAUUACGAAAUAUUAAGCGAAAAUAACAAGAACGAAGAGUCCCAGUACUUUACGAAUAUUCAAGACCAAACGGUUCAGUAUGUAAUAACCCCCGAUAACUCACAAGUUCAGUAUCCAGCCCAAACGAUUAACCAAGAUCAAAUUCUGCAAGCUCAAAUCAUACAACAGUCGAUUGAAUUGCAGCCGUCACAAUUUGCGCUUAUUAAAGACGGUACUUUGAGAAAAGAGGGUCAGCAAAUAUUUUUCGUUGAAAACCGAGUAGCCGACAGUAUUGUAAUCGAAAACAAAGUUCAGAACGACGUUCCUCAACAACCUAUCAUUUUAAAUCAUCAAAUCGGAAAUACGUUCGUGAGGACUCCCAUCGGGAAGACUGGCGUUCAACAUGUUUCCUUAGAAAUGAUACAGAAGAAUUCUCAGCAAGCGAAAACACUUAAUCGAGCGGUGAACCCAGGCCAACAGCAACUUCGUCACCUAUCGCCGGCCUUGACGCAGAUGAGACAGCAGCUAAGCGCUGCCGUAUUAACUUCGAACCAAAUCCAAACUCAAAAUCCCAAUCAACUCCAAGUAAGAUUGCAACACCCGGUUAGACUCCAACAGCCUCAACAAAUUAGACAAGCUUUAAUAAGAACAACGUCCCAACAGCAAUAUCGAGCGUUGCAACAGGCGAAUGUCGGCGUAAGACAGAACGAUCCCAAUCUGAUUAGACAGAAUAUAAGGUCGCCGAAUCAGUCUCAACUGCAGAGGCCUAAUCAAAUAUUAAAGACUCCUGGUUUAGUUACACCGAGGGGACAAUCGUUGCUAGCUCAACAUCAAUCUGUUCAAGGGCAACAACAACAACAACAACAACAACAACAGCAGCAGCAGCAACAGCAACAACAGUUACAGAAAUUUAACAAUCAAGGAAAUUGUGUCAAUGCUGAACUGAAACCUACUGAUGAUCAAGAAACGGUAACUUUAUCUGAUGGAGCAGUAGUCACAUUAGCUACUUAUAAUAAUAUGUUGAGAGAUCAGAAAUCUAGGAACAUUCCAAAAAAAUUAAAUACCCUUCAGCAACCAAAUCAAAUCCAACAAUCGAUGCAAGAAUCGAAUUCCUUGCUCUGUCAAAACAGUCCUAUGCAGCAACAACACAACCAAUUACAGGGGCAAAACAAUCAAAUGUCUCAGCAGCACCAACAAUCAGGUAACCAAUUACCGCAGCGCAUUCCUUUAAAUUUACCAAACGUUCGACCUACUCAAGGCGUGCCUAAAAAGAAGCCUGCUUCUCCUCGGGUUCCUAAAUCCCCCAAAAAUCCUCCUAAACCUCGUCCUCGUGCUUCACAGCAAGGUGCUAAUCAACAAUUGCCGAACAACCAAGGACAGUACACUUUGUUGAACCAGCAACAAGGGAAUUCGAAAAUUCAGCAGCCGCAGCAAUUCCAAAAUCAGAUGCAGAUGGCAGCAAUGCAGCAAAAUCAAUUACAACAGCAGCAAAAUCAGACGCCACAAGGUAGAAAAAGGCCAUCGCAAGCUAAUUACAUAAUUCAACCGCCGAAACUAAACAGAAAAUUAUCCCAACAGCGACCGUUGCCUGUUUACGUUCCUUCUAGUCAGAUUCAAAAGAUAAUAGAUUGUUUAAAAUUUAACGAUAUUUCAGAAAAAACUCCUAUGAGCGAAGAAUUUACCGAUUCCAUAAGGAUGUUAGUACUGCUUGAAAAUGGCGAACAAAGACUUAUAACGUUCACUUUGCCCAAGGAAGCUUGUACGAUACAGGAGAUUUUGGAACAAGUUAGCGUUCCAUUUCAAGCUGAUACAAACAUUCAAGUGACAGAAACCAAUUCACAGGGAAUCAACUAUGUGGUAACCGUCGGGAAUGUUGAUUGGGACCAAGCUUCGAAUGAAUUGAGUCCGGGUUCAUCUCAGGAUCAGUCAUCUCCACCUGCACUAACUACAUUAUCCCAAGAACCAGCUUUGGAACCAAAGAUAUCGGAACCACCUAAAAGCCCGUCGCCCGAGCCUCCUAAGGAAACUCCUAAAUUUGUACCAGGAAUGCUUGCGCUUUGCGGAGCUUGCGGUUAUUUAUCCGAAGAUUUUAACAAAUGCAUCCGGUGUACGAGAAAGUUACCAGAAAACGUGAAAGCGAUCUCUUCGAAUUUGAAGAAUACGCCCGGGAAUCCCAAAAGAGAUAUUGCAGCUGUGGCUCAAGCUCAACAAGCCAAACACGCUGCUAUGAUACAACAACAGAAAUUAAGCGCAGGUAAAGCUAAUAAUUCUCCUUCGAUGAAAAAGAAGAUUACAAGAAUGCCGAGACAAUCGGAACAAGAUAGUGUGCACGUUAUUAGUUCUGACGAGGAAGAAGAGGAGAAACCUAACAUUAAAGAUAAUAGUCAAAAAUUGGGAGUAUCUGCCACCAAUCAAGUUUCCAAAGAACCUUCAAUCAUUGACAUACAGAUUCAUGGUUCAUCCAAAAGUAACAUUCCACCUAAAGUAUUUGCUAAAGAUGAUAUUUGCAGCACUAAAUUGAAAUGCAGGACUGUUCGAAUCGGUUCUUACAGAUGUGUCCCAACGGAAGAGGUUCUCAUAGAAACGACGAAAGUGGUUAUUCACUUGCCGCAUCCCAACAAAGAAAAAGGUACGAAAACCUUAACCAUCGAACGAGGCGAUGUGGUCAAAGUUUUGGCCAGUUUCAACAGCUCUUUAUCCGUCGUAUUCUAUUAUCUCAGUUCGGAUUUAGCGAAGAAGAUCAGAGACGAGCUAGACAUGUCUUCGGAGAGCGACUACUAUUUUGAUCCUCUUUCGAUCGAAGACGAAGCCCAACGGCGUAUAACUUUGCUGCCUGAUGACAUUACUGACGAUAAUAAAAACGUCAUUCAACAUAUAUACGGCGCGCCUACCAAUAUACUUGAAGAGUUGAAUAUCAAAGAAGCUAAUGAUAUAUUGAUUAAGACGUGUCCUAAAGAAUUGGCGAAGAAUACGCCUGGAUUUGGGGCUUUCGCCGAAAUCAGGCAACUGUUGACUUAUCCACCAGAAGGCCGGUACAGGAUUUCAAUUAAUACCGAGGACUACAUGUGCUUGGGGCAGGAUAUGUUCCUAAACGACGUGAUAAUAGAUUUCUACCUUUCCUAUCUAACUGAAAAUCUGCCGGUGGAUGAACGGAAUAAAAUCCACGUCUUUUCGACGUUCUUCUACAGAAGACUCACGACCAAACCCCUUAAAGCUUCUAGAAAAUCCCAUCCCAGUGAAUUAGAUCCAACUUUAACUCCCGCACAAAAACGUCACGCUAGAGUGAUGAAAUGGACGAAAAACGUAAACAUUUUUGAAAAGGACUUCAUAAUUGUGCCGAUAAACGAAAACGCUCAUUGGUUCCUUGCCAUUAUCUGCUUCCCGGGUAUGAAUGGAACUCACACUUGGGACGGAAAACCCAUCAAAAUCGAAGUUAAAUCAAAGAAAAAAAAAAAACCUGUCGCCGGAAAGCACACCUUGAGCGUGAAGUUGGAAAAAGUAGCGAAGCCGAUUGCUUGCGAUGAUCCGGAUUUGAGCGAUAAAGACGAAGCCGAAGGCGACGAUAGCGAAAUGGAGUCCGAUGAUUCGGAAGAGGUUCCUCUGACUCCCACCGAUUCUCAAUCAUCCGCGGGUACGGCAGACAGCAGCAGCAGCACUACAGUUGUACCGGCUGUUCACCAAACUCCUUCGAAGUCGAAGGAACCCAGACCUCCGAUCAAACAGCCGUGUAUACUAAUAUUCGAUUCUUUAUCGGGAGCAAACAGGUGUCGCGUAGUCGCGACUUUAAGGGAUUACCUCACUUGCGAAUACAAAGCUAAAAUGGGGAAAGAAAGAGUUUAUAAUAAGGAAGUUAUUAAAGGAGCUAAUCCGAAAGUACCGCAACAAAAUAACUUUACCGAUUGCGGAUUGUACUUACUUCAAUAUGUUGAACAAUUUUUCAAAGAUCCCAUAAAAGAUUUUCAUAUUCCUGUAAAAGAAAUACAACAUUGGUUCGAAGAAAUUGUUGUUACCAAAAAGAGGGAAGAUAUAGCGAAUUUAAUUAAAAGUUUAAUGAAGGAGUAUGGAAAAGAUACCAGAGGUUUACCAGAAAUCAAUUUUCCUACUCAGAAUGGUAAAAUUAUAGAGAAGGAGACCGAGGAAGAGGAAGAAGCUGAAGAAGAAAAUGAUGAAGUUGAAGAAGAAUCCUUUGAAACGGCCAAUAUGAACGAUUCAUAUACGACUAAUAAAGACUCGUUAUCCGACAUUGCUUCGAGUAGUGACGAUGUAAAAGCGGAUGAAAAUGAUUCGCAUAUAAAAGUGUCUGGCGACGGAUCCUUUAGUGAUUUUGUGACGCAAAUUGUAAUUAAUCCUAGACCGGAUUUGAGUGAAUUUCCGCGACAAACUAAUAAAGAUACUCUAUCGAUUUUAAAGGCUAAAAGGAUUGUUAAACAUAAGCCUGCAGAGAAAUCUGUCGUGAAAAAAUUUAAAAGUGAUGAUGAUUAA